AUGUUAGCUGAGGACACGAGCGAGUGUUGCACGCCAGAACUGUUCUUCAAGUUGGAAAAUCGCCAGGUUUCAGGCUCUUUUAAGUUCCGUGGUGCCAUUCACUAUAUGAGCAAAAGGUCUGAUAUAGAGUUGAGACACGGUGUCGCGACUUAUAGCACUGGUAAUCAUGCUUUGGCGCUGGCGCAUGCCGCUGGCGUAGUUUCCCUGGAGAGGGGUUUUCCAAUCAAGACAACUGUCUUCAUCCCAACUUCCGCGGACGAUUGGAAAGCACAAAAAGUAAAAGAAACUGGUGCUACUGUUUGCCGCUCAGGAACGAAAUUGCUAGAGGCCUAUGAGCAGACUUUGGGGUUUUGUCACGCUACCAACAGCCACUUUGUAUCUCCUGCAGAUCACCCUGAUAUUAUUCUUGGUCAAGGGACUAUAACCUUGGAGUUUCAGCAGCAGCUGUUGCGGACAGGCCAAAGAGACAUGGACGCUAUCAUCAUGCCUUGCGGUGGUGGUAGCCUAUUAGCUGGAGCAGCAAUCUUUGCGAAAGAUCAAGGCCUGAAAGUCCUUGGUUCUGAGCCAAUUUCUGGAGGUCCAAGACUAUCAAUUGGCAGGAAGCAAGGACAACGAGUACUCGAUCCUGGUAUCCACACCAUCGCUGAUGACCUCCGGUCAGCGGUCAGUAGCUCUAAUUGGGACAUCCUCAGUCGGAAAGAAUACGUGCAUGAAGUCUAUGGAGUGACUGAGGACCAAAUACAAACAGCCAUGAGUCUCUUUCAUCAGUCUUGCGAUGAGAAAAUCGAACCCAGCUCAGCUGUACCUCUAGCAGUGCUACUGUUCAAUAGUAAAUUUCGCGAAGAUCAAAUCUCUGCUAGGUCGUCACGGAGGAUUGGGGUUAUCUUAAGUGGAGGCAAUAUUAAGACGGAAAAAUAG